CUCUAGCGUCGCAAAGGUGUUGCGACAUGACCCUGCGCUCCCAACGCUCCAUUUACAUAGCACUUGUUGCGUUGCGUUUAAUAUUUAGCCUUUUACCAAGUUAUAUCCAACCGGAUGAAUAUUUUCAAUCGCCGGAAAUCACAGCUGGGUGGGCAUUCGAUCUAGAAAUCUUUACUCCUUGGGAAUUCAAUCCUACCUUUCCAGCUCGUUCCAUACUUCCACCCUUAAUUACUACUGGUAUCCCGUUCUAUAUUUACAAAUUCGUGCUGCGAUUGACGUAUGGUGGUUUGGAUCAAGAUUUUGUGAGCGGAAGGCAUCUCUAUAUCUUGGAGCGACUGUCUUUCUUUUUCAUGUCAUUCAUCCUCGAUCUCUGUAUAUUGAAAUUAUGUCGGCUAUGCAAAAUCAGUGCCUUGAGGUCUCUCAUUGUACUUUCAAGUUCUUAUGUUAUGCUCACCUAUCAGUGCCAUUCGUUCUCAAAUUCCAUAGAAGCGUUAGUCCUCGCAGCCUCCAUCACACUACUUUUCGUAUCAUACCCCCUUGAUGAGAAAGCAAAUCCCUCGAAACUUGCAUCCUUCGUGCUGGGUAUUUCGCUCGCGUUUGGAUUAUUCACUAGAAUCACAUUUGCCUCAUUCGGCAUUUUCGUUGGAAUUGCAUACCUUUACAUGGCAUGGAACCGAUCCUCCGGUCACAGCUUUCAAACAUUUCUAUUCAAUCUAUUUCCCUUUACACUGGGUCUGACCUUAAGCAUUGCGACGUUCACCGUGGUUGACUCUAUCUACUUUGGAAGUUUGAAGGUCUUGUUGCAGGGCUCACAAGACAUUACAUUUGAUUUGCUAAAAGCCGCAAUUGACCCUACUCUUUGGUCCAAGGGAAAACUUACAAGCACUAUAUUCAACAACAUUAUAUAUAAUGUAGACAAAGACAACCUAGAGCUACACGGGUUGCACCCAUUCUACUUGCAUGCUGUCGUGAAUGUGCCGCUACUCUUUGGUCCGAUCGGAUUGUGGGCAUACUACAAACUAUUUACGAUCAGAGGUCUGCCAGGGAAAAUGGAUAUGGUCGACAUGGUUAUGGUGGCAUCGAUGUCUACAGGCUUGUUGUGUCUUAGUGCUUUCCAACACCAGGAACCAAGAUUCCUCUCCCCCAUGUUACUUCCUGCCGUCUUCUUAUUCACCCGACACACUCAAAGACUUUCGCGCACUUUCUGGAUCAUUUGGACUUUGUUCAACCUAGUGUUGGCCAUCGUGUUUGGAUUGAUUCAUCAGGGAGGAGUCGUGCCUGCUGUCAUACAUGUUGGGGAACAGAGUAAAUAUAUUGAUGGAUGUGACCUUACUUUCGGUGCCUACGCCAUCUGUGAAUCUGCUUCUGAAGACACCAGCAAUAUUACAACGUUAUCAGCUGGAAACCUAUCACUGGUCACCAACUUGGUAUUUUACAAAACCUUCAUGCCUCCCAGGCAUCUAAUAGCUUACCCACAUCACUGGCGAGACUCAGCAAACAUUGUUAUCAAUGUGAUUGAUCUUGCUGGAGGGCCGAUCGACAAAGUCACUUCAGUCCUGGAGUCUCAGACGUACAUACCUAGAGCAUGGAUCCCUGAGGAUACAUCCAAAUCUGUAUUCGUCUACAAACCGAGCACCUACGCAUUCGAAAGGACUUUGCUUAUCAUGCCAGGCACAGCCAAACCGCCAGUAGAAAACCAUCGUCUGCAGCGAGUAGCGCAAUUCUGGCCCCACGUUAAUUUCGACGAUAUUGACAAAGUCAUUGGGGCUCCCUCGUGGGAGGCCAUCAGCUUGAGCGUCUAUCUCCUAGUGUCUCCCCGACAUGCAUAAGAACCACCAAAAGCUGAGGUUGCAACAGAGAUCAUAUCUGCGCAUUAAUAUUUAUAAUAGAUUUCUUUUUCUCUUUUUUUUUUUGGGCUUCCUUUGUAAUGUACCACAGGGGAUAAAAAAAUAAUAUGGCGGCUCAAGUUAGUUGCCAACCGAUAAAGUGGGA